GUCACAAUCAUGAAUAUGAAUAGUAGGAAGUCAUUUUGAUGAAUAACCAAACACACUACUCUUUUGUCUUGCUCGACCGCUUACUUUAGAAAUACUUGAAAAUUCUAAAAUCUCAAAGCUUAAGCUUAAGCAGAAGCAGAAGCAAUUCAUUUGUUAUCUGAAGGUCAAGCAGAGGGGAUAACUCAAAAUACUUAAAGGUAGAAGCUAUCAGCUAAGAACUACACAUGGACAAGGGGGCUAUUCUUGAAGCUGGAGAGGGAAGAAAUACCGUUGAACUUGUGAAAUCAGCCUCUGAAAAACAUCUUGACCUUUUGAGGCCAUCAGCUCGAUAUUAUUCAGUGUCGAAAGGGCAAGCUGGUGAUGCAGAAGACCGUGAGAAGGGAAAGUAUACCUUGAUUAGAGAUGUAGAGGACCUUCAAACAGGGUUCUAUGAUAAACCUCUUCCUUGCUUUGGUUGCGGAAUCGGAUGGUUUUCAUUUCUUCUGGGAUUUCUAUGCCCGUUGAUGUGGUAUUAUGCCACGAUACUUUAUUUCGGAAACUACUACCGUAAGGAUCCUAGAGAACGUGCUGGGCUUGCUGCAUCUGCUAUUGCUAAUUUACUCUCUUGUGCAGGCAAUGGUGUUUUCUGUUGUCUUGCUUAUUAUAGCAGCAACUCUCUUCUUGUAGCUUCUGCGAUGCAAAGUUUCAUACUAAUAUGAUCAAUGUUACUUGUUCUGUAGUCAAGUCAAAUGCCUCCAAACUCUCCAAUUGUAAAUGUUGUGACGAAUGAAAAAAAAAAGAUUCUUAUACAGAACUAUAUACAUGGUCAUUAUGUGUUCCAUCCAGAUUUAUUGUUGGAAAUCCUCGUGUUUUUUUCAUUUUAAAAGUGGUGUACUAAUAAUAUUAGAUAUGCUUUUAUGUGAAAUAGAGAAGGCCUUGUAAACAUAAAGGGUUUUUAUAUCUCUCUGCUGUAAAGUGAAUUUGUGUAUUAACAACAUCUGUUGGAUCUUGAAAUAAACAAUUUCCUGACAAAAA